CAACUAAAGAUACUGAUAACUUUACCGUUUUGUCUGCGCUGCGAUCCGCCGCCGUCACAGUCUCGGGGUGGGGUUUCUAGUUGAGCUGCGUGGAGAAUAGCGACUGUCCGGUAGAGUGAUGUCACAUAACGAAUAGACGAGAGACCAAACCAGUGACUGAUUGUAAUAGCUGGCGAAAGCGCACCUGUUGAAUAACAGGCUCACAACGAGAUUCCAGUUUUCCGUAUUUCUUCGAAGCUUUUUGGCUGCGAUUAAAAGUUCAGAAUGACGGAUACAAUAAUUACCAACGGAAUCAAGGACCGAGCGGGUCAGAAUGGAUAUUUUAAAAAGGGACGUGACCCACUAGCUCUGACGGGCCGCUCCAAGCUGCAGAAUGAGAGAGCCAGUCUGAACCAGCAGAUCAUUAGACAGAUGAGGAUGAGAGCUGGAGCAGAGAACUUACUAAGGGCGACCUCCAACAACAAGGUGUGUGAGAUGGUCGGUCUGGAGCUGAGCUAUAUCAACUCUAACCUGCAGCUCCUCAUGGAGCAACUGGAGGGGCUCAACAGCUCAGUGGAAGUCUACCAGAACAUCCAAGAGACCUCCAGCAUCCCUCUCAUCCCGCUGGGGCUGAAGGAGACGAAAGAGAUGGACUUCUCUGUGUCGUUCAAGGACUUCAUCCUGGAGCACUACAGUGAAGAUGGCUCCAGCUUCGAGGAGGAGAUCGCUGACCUGAUGGACCUCAGACAGGCCUGUCGUACCCCAAGUCGCAACGACGCCGGCAUCGAGACCCUGGCCAAGUACUACAGUCACAUGCCUCUACUGGAGAGCCGCUUCUUCUCCGCUACCCGCCAGAUGGGCAUCUUCUUUACUUGGUACGACUCGUUCACAGGUGUUCCGGUGUGCCAGCAGAACAUCUCUCUGGAGAAGGCCAGUAUCCUGUUCAACAUCGGCGCCCUCUACACCCAGAUCGGGACGCGCUGUAACCGCCAGACGGCCUCCGGCCUCCAAGACGCCAUCACAGCCUUCCAGAAAGCUGCAGGAGUCCUCCACCACCUGAAGGAGACGUUCACCCACACCCCCAGCUAUGACAUGAGUCCCUCCAUGCUCAGUAUGCUCAUCAAGAUGAUGCUGGCCCAAGCUCAGGAGUGUCUGUUCGAGAAGAUCGCUCUGUCUGGCAUCCGCAAUGAGUUCUUCUCUCUCCUCAAGAUGGCCCACGAGGCGGCCAAGGUAGGAGAAACCUAUGACCAGGUACACCAGUCUAUGAGCCAGACUCCCAUCAAGGACAACGUCCCGUUCUUCUGGUCCACCAUGGCUCAGGUCAAGACCAACCACUACCGUUCACUGGCACACUACUUCCUGGCUACUGCGCUAUUGGACCACGAGCUGAGACCCAGUGAUGACGAGGACCAACAGGAGAAGGCUCUGUCCCAGGCGUAUGAUGCCAUGCCAGACGGCCGCUCACCACUCGACAUCCUCAGGAAGAGAGAGGAGAGACGACACAUCGGUAAGGCCCACCUGCGGAGGGCUGUGAUGGGUCAUGAGGAGGGUCUGAGGAUCCAUAGUCUGUGUCGUCACCUCAAGAAGCUAGAUGUGCUCCAGGACAUCCUGCAGGCCAGUCACAAACGCUCCCUGGCCAAGUUCAAAGACAACGACCGAGAAGACGAGUUCACAGACUACCUGGAGGCUCCAGACAUCAUCUCUAAAACGGAGCACAAAGCAGAGAUGGAAACGCCCAUGGCCACUAAGGUGAAAGUCACAGACUUUUUCCGGAGGCUGGGUCCUCUGUCAGUGUUCUCUGCUAAGCUACGCUGGACAGCUCCUCGCACCAUCAGGCUGAGACUGGAGGACAGAGACCUGGGCUUCACCCUGAGAGGAGACCCUGUACCUGUACAGGUCACCUCCCUGGACCCACUCUGCCCUGCCGCUGUCGACGGGCUGAAAGAGGGGGACUACAUUGUUGCCGUGGGAGACGCGGACUGUAAGUGGAUGGUGGUGAGCGAGGUGAUGCGGCUGCUGAAGGAUGUGGACGAGGACGGAAUCGACAUCCGCGUUGUCAGCUUGAUGGACAGCGUUCUGCCCAUGCCCACUAAGAGUGCCACGUACUGCGGAGGUAUCGCUAAGACCUACUCUAUGAUCUGCCUGGCCUUCGACGACGACAAGAGCCCCAAGGGCCGCAAGGUGGCCAAGAAGGGCUCCUUCCUGUCGUGGGGCGUGAAGAACCAUCUGAAGAGCUCCAGCACCCUUAGCCUCCCCACCGCGGACUACUCUGGAACACUACCUUGGAACAAACCCUGCCCCACCUUCCCUUCCUCCAGCUCCUACAACAACCCUGCUCUUUACUAGAGGAGGAUACAUUACUGGACUGUACACACACACACACUCUACUGGGUUAGAGAAUACUGUGUGACGGUCUCAAAUGGCACCCUAUUCCCCAUAUAGUGCACUACUUUUGGAGGGCUAUGGGCUCUGGUCUAAAGUAGUGCACUAUAUAGGGAAUAGGGUGCCCGUUGUGGCGCAACCUGAGAACCCACAAUGUGUUGCAGUAAAGUCACAGGUUUGCACGGUCAGUAAAGUCACAGGUUUGCACAGUCAGUAAAGUCACAGGUUUGCCCGGUCAGUAAAGUCACAGGUUUGCCCGGUCAGUAAAGUCACAGGUUUGCCCGGUCAGUAAAGUCACAGGUUUGCACAGUCAGUAAAGUCACAGGUUUGCCCGGUCAGUAAAGUCACAGGUUUGCCCGGUCAGUAAAGUCACAGGUUUGCACAGUCAGUAAAGUCACAGGUUUGCACAGUCAUAGCCCGCUGUGCUAUUUACACAUUAGAGUAGUGCUCUCUGUUGUUGCUGCCCUGUGCGUUGCUUCUCAGAGUUGGGACACGGUUAUGGGGAGGGAGGAGGAGGAGAGGCUGUUGUGUUACACAGCAGGACUGACUGGUUUGGUCUGGCUAUGUUACAGUGUAAUUAGCUCCAUGUUCCAAUUAGCUUACACAGGAGAGGCUGUAGUGUUACACAGCAGGACUGACUGGUUUGGUCUGGCUAUGUUACAGUGUAAUUAGCUCCACUCGUCCGUAUGUCACCCCUAUGUAUGUACUGGCUGUAUUUCUACCUUCCAUACCUGUUUAAACUGAAGGACUUUAUAGAAUGACAUGGAUCAGUGAUUGGCUGAUUUAUCUGGAUCGUGAUUGGCUGAUUUAUCUGGAUCCGUGAUUGGCUGAUUUAUCUGGAUCCGUGAUUGGCUGAUUUAUCUGGAUCCGUGAUUGGCUGAUUUAUCUGGAUCUGUGAUUGGCUGAUUUAUCUGGAUCCGUGAUUGGCUGAUUUAUCUGGAUCCGUGAUUGGCUGAUUUAUCUGGAUCCGUGAUUGGCUGAUUUAUCUGGAUCUGUGAUUGGCUGAUUUAUCUGGAUCCGUGAUUGGCUGAUUUAUCUGGAUCUGUGAUUGGCUGUUAACUGUAUAGGUGGAUUAUUGACAACACAAAACACAUUUUAACUGGAAAACAAAUGUUUAUAGAACAAACACCUGCUCUUUCCAUGACACAGACUGACCAGGUGAAAUCUAUGAUCCCUUAUUGAUGUUGCUUGUUAAAUCCACUUCAAUCAGUGUAGAUGAAGGGGAGGAGACGGGUUACAGAAGGAUUUUUAAGCCUUGAGACAAUUGAGACAUGGAUUGUGUACGUGUCUCAUUCAGAGGGUGAAUGGGGCAAGACAAAAUAUUUAAGUGCUUUUGAACGGGGUAUUGUAGUUGGUGCCGGGGCGCACCGGUUUGUGUAAAGAACUUCAACGCUGCUGGGUUUUUCACACUCAACAGUGUCCUGUGUGUAUCAAGAAUGGUCCACCACCCAAAGGACAUCCAGCCAACUUGACACAACUGUGGGAAGCAUUGGAGUCAACAUGGACCAGCAUCCCUGUGGAACGCUUUCGACACCUUGUAGAGUCCAUGACCCGACCCUUUGAGACUGUUCUGACCCGUUGAGGCUGUUCCGACCCGUUGAGGCUGUCCCGACCCGUUGAGGCUGUGCCGACCCGUUGAGGCUGUGCCGACCCGUUGAGGCUGUUCUGACCCGUUGAGGCUGUCCCGACCCGUUGAGGCUGUCCCGACCCGUUGAGGCUGUCCCGACCCGUUGAGGCUGUCCCGACCCGUUGAGGCUGUCCCGACCCGUUGAGGCUGUCCUGACCCGUUGAGGCUGUUCCGACCCGUUGAGGCUGUUCCGACCCGUUGAGGCUGUUCCGACCCGUUGAGGCUGUUCCGACCCGUUGAGGCUGUCCCGACCCGUUGAGGCUGUCCCGACCCGUUGAGGCUGUCCCGACCCGUUGAGGCUGUCCCGACCCGUUGAGGCUGUUCCGACACACUGAGGCUGUUCCGACACACUGAGGCUGUUCCGACACACUGAGGCUGUUCCGACACACUGAGGCUGUUCCGACACACUGAGGCUGUUCCGACACACUGAGGCUGUUCCGACACACUGAGGCUGUUCCGACACACUGAGGCUGUUCCGACACACUGAGGCUGUUCCGACACACUGAGGCUGUUCCGACACACUGAGGCUGUUCCGACACACUGAGGCUGUUCCGACACACUGAGGCUGUUCCGACACACUGAGGCUGUUCCGACACACUGAGGCUGUUCCGACACACUGAGGCUGUUCCGACACACUGAGGCUGUUCCGACACACUGAGGCUGUUCCGACACACUGAGGCUGUCCCGACACACUGAGGCUGUUCUGACCCGUUGAGGCUGUUCCGACCCACUGAGGCUGUUCUGAGGGUAAAAGGGGGCGGUGUAACUCUAUAUUAGGAAGGUGUUCUUAAUGUUUUGUCUACUCGGUGUGUACAACGUUGAUAUUCUAAUGUAAAAAAUGUCAAGUUAUACUAUGUAGAUAUCCCACUAUGUAGAAGGUGAAGGAUGUAACUCUUGAACCAGGAAGUGAUACGUCUGUAGUGAGUGUGUGAUAGACUAACACAAUGCGCUGUAAACUGAUGAAAAUAGAUGUCUUUAUUUUUUUUAUUUUUGUGUCAUUUCUUGUUAAGACAAUUACUGUGGUUGAUAUGAAGGAAUAUUGUGUGUGGUGGGCUGUUCUGAUGUAGGCCUUGUGAAAUCUCUGUGUUUUAGAUUUGAUUGGCAUGUCAGGGGAGGGAGGGAGAGGAGGGGGAAAGAGGGGGCCUGAGUUGAGGGGAAAAGAGGGAAGGAUGGAGAGGGGGCCUGGGUUGAGGGAUGGAGAGGGGGCCUGGAUUGAGGGGGGAAAAGAGGAGGGAGGGAGAGGGGGCCUGGGUUGAGGUGGAAAGAGGGAGGGAUGGAGAGGGGGCCUGAGCAGUGUAAUAAACCAAAAACCUCUGGGUCAUCAAGACAUAGCUCUCACCUAAGCUUCUGCCAUAUUGUAAUAGUGAGUUCUAACAAGCCUUUAAAUGAAACUGGUCGUGGUGGAACAGUAAUAUCCACCCCCCUCCUCCUGUACUGCUGACCGGCAGCCAUUUUAAUGUCAACCUUUUCUGGUAGAGAAGGAGGAGAAGGAGAACUCUCCCUACCAGCAGACAGCUGUGGUUCUAUCUCUGUGAAUGUUUGUGUGAUAUUUGCUGUAAACAAUGAAGGAUAUUUUGUAAAAGGGAAAGACUGGUUGUGUUGUCUGUUUUUUCAGUGUCAGUGUAUUGCAGAUGUUAAUGUUAGUGUGAUAGUGUACAACAGAUUCAUGUUAGUAUCGCUAAGCCUGGGUUCCAUCAAAGGGAACAAUCCCUGUUUGAUUCCACCAUUGUGAUUCUACUGGUUUUUACUGGUCUCUACUGGUCUCUACUGGCCUCUGCUGGUUUCUAGUGGUCUCUACUGGUCUCUGCUGGUUUCUACUGGUCUCUACUGGUCUCUACUGGUCUCUACUGGUCUCUACUGGCCUCUAGUGACCUCUACUGGUUUCUACUGGUCUCUACUGGUCUCUACUAGUCUCUACUGGCCUCUAGUGGCCUCUACUGGCCUCUAGUGGUCUCUACUGGUUUCUACUGGUUUCUACUGGUCUCUACUAGUCUCUACUGGUUUCUACUGGUCUCUACUGGUUUCUACUAGAUGUACACCUGUACAUUUUGCUGACACUGCAGUGUUGCACUCUUUCAUUAUCUACAAAGUAGAUUAUUAUACGUUUGAUAAUCAAAUUAUUUCUGUAAUAAAAAAAUAAAUAAAAUAAAAAACAUCUGAAUAUCUAUGUGUGUAUAUUGUAAAGCGUUUGUGGACGGUAAAAGCUUUGUAGACGGUAAAGUCGUGAAGUCUGUUGGCUGUUGUAAUGUAUUUUCUGAGAUCAUUGUCUUCAAAGGUGUAUGUAAAAAAAUAUAUAUUUUCACUGUGUUUAAUCUUCUUUCAGGAAAUGCCACUCAUGGCUUCCUGAAUUCUACCUGCAUAUGCAGGCCAUAGGUACUCGAGGUUUAGUUUGAUUGUAACACACCUGUUGUACCUAGGACAGUCACAGUCCUUUUCUAUUGCCCGUCUCAUCUUUACUGAAGUCAAUUGUGGCUAAAAUAGUUGUUGUACAGUUUAUAAUGCUUGUGUAAACCGUACUACAACGACCAACUAUUGCCUUGCUAGUACAGUUUAUAAUGUAUCGCUGUCCUGCUCAGUUAUGUUUAAAUAUAAAGUGAUAUUAUUAUGAAGGAAAAUGAAUUGAAGGGCAUAUUGACUUCAUGUGUCUGUGAAGUGCUAUGAUUGAGGUGAUACAUUAUUGUGAAGUAUUAAUCUGUUUUUCUGUUGGGAGGCAUACAGUAUACUGCAUAAUUAUAAAGUAUUAAUAAUCUGUUGGGAGGAUUACACUGUAUAUAUAUCUACAGCGUCCUCAUGUUCUGCUACAGUGGUGUGCACCCAAAAUGGCACCCUAUUCCCUAUAUAGUGAGCCUAUAGAGCGCUGGUUAGAAGUAGUUCACUCUACAGGGGAUAGGAGGCCAUUUUGGACGUAGACAUUUUUGUACUCCUGUUGGUUUUCACUCUGUACCUACUUUCUUAGUGCACAAUACAAAUGGUCGUGGUGACAAUGUCUUGCUGUUGAUCAAUGUACUAUCGUUAUUUUAUCAUCGCGAUGUACGUCUCUGUCAACUUAAAUCUCAAUAAACUAUGGGAAUAAACUGA